GUUGUCCGCUGGUACGGUCGUGGUCCAACUUCGAUUGGCGACAAAAAUCCGAAUCUUCGCGGCGCCCCCCCCCCAAAAAAAAACUAGGCAUGCCGUGCCUGUUCGAAAUUCAAAUUUUGAAUGACGUCGCUGGGGUGAGGGCGGUUCGUCGUGGUGCUGCGGCGGCUGGUGGAGCACAUUGGCUCCUUCCACAGCGCGUCAGGGGGGUCGGCGUGGGUGUUGAGUGCGGCCAGGCAAGGAAGACGUCAGUGGAGAAGACGCAAUUGCUGCAAUCGCUUGGGGGUGGGGGGAAAGAUUUCAUCGACUGUCGUCAGGGGAGAAGUUGCCAUCGCGCCAGUCGUCGGGGGAGGACACGCCAUUGCGGCAGUCAUCGGGGUGAGUACUGCGUGCGGCCAGGCAAGGAAGACGUCGGGGGAGAAUGCGACCUCGCGGCUCGUUUGGGAGCAAUGGACGGCGGCGACCUUGGCGUCGGUGGGAAGCUGAUGACGGCGGAGAGGACAGCAGUGGCAAAGACUGUUACUGCAGUCCUAUUUCGUUGUCAGAUGGAGAGGACGGUGGGGAGAAUGAAAGCGCAGAUCCACACGAGGAGGAGGAAGGUCACACAAUGCACAACACUAGAAGGCCCUGGAUUGGACACCUCCGCCAUCUGUGAUGUCGUUGUUCACAUGUGCUGCGCCUUGGGUUGCGGAGCUCUUCCCAGAGCAACCCCGAGAUGGUGGAUGAAAAGGAGGAUGGGUGGGGCGUGGGAGGAUUUGAGGCAAUGCGACGACGCGACAGAGGAAUACUUUCGGGACAAGCUGCGCAUGUCGCCACGUGUCUUCCGGGAGAUUGCAGAAGCUCUCUUGCCGUUGCUGCAGCGCCGUGUAACAUUCUACAGGGAGACGUACGAGAGCAGCACGUGUAACUUCGACAUCGACAGAGCAGCGCCGUGUACAAGUGGCCGUCGGGGAGACGUACGAGAGCAGCGCCGUGUACAAGUGGCCGUCGGGGGAGACGUACGAGAGCAACACGUGUAACUUCAACAUCGACAGAGCGUCCGGUUUGGUGGCGGUGAGGGACGUCACUGCGGCGUUGCUGACAGUCUA